AUGUCCUCAGCUCCCCUACAACCUGACUUAAGGGGAAUGUCCUCAGCUCCCCUACAACCUGACUUAAGGGGAAUGUCCCCAGUUCCCUUACAACCUGACUUAAGGGGAAUGUCCUCAGCUCCCCUACAACCUGACUUAAGGGGAAUGUCCCCAGUUCCCCUACAACCUGACUUAAGGGGAAUGUCCCCAGCUCCCCUAAAACCUGACUUAAGGGGAAUGUCCCCAGUUCCCUUACAACCUGACUUAAGGGGAAUGUCCUCAGCUCCCUUACAACCUUUCUUAAGGGGAAUGUCCUCGGCUUCCUUACAACCAGACUAA